AUGCGAGUGUUUAUAAACAACGUGAACACUUACAGCGGCAGUUGCCUCUGUAAAACUUUUGACGAUAUAAAUAAUGAGAAAACAGAAAUAUAUGGAACAGUGACAGACGAAUAUGAAGGAAGAGAAGAUGACGAUACAAUAACAUACAGUUAUGAAAAUGUAAAAAAAGUAGUAUCAAAGGUACCUAAAGAUAAUGUAAUAACAAAUAUAUUAAUUAGUGAUUUAAGUAUAUUUGAUAUACAUAAUAGUAAUUUAGAAGAAAUCGAAUAUAUUAUACGAAAACUCAAAUAUGCAAAAGUGAAAAAAAAAAUUAUGUUCAUUCUUAUCUCUUCAAUUGUAACAUGGAAUAAGACAAAGAGAAAAUUUUUAAAAAAAAAAGUAGAAGAACAAAAAAGGAGUUCACCUUAUGACAGUGAAAAACCAAAGGCUAUGGACAACAAAGGGGCAGUCAAAAUGAAUCAUCAGAGUGACGAGGUGGUAAAAAGAGGGAAUCAUAAUACUAUUAGUAGUAAUAAUAAUAAUAGUGGUAGUAGUAAUAACAGCAGUAGUAAUAUUAAUAACAGUAACAAUAAUAAUGAUAGUAACAUUAAUAAUGAUAGCAACAUUAAUAAUGAUAGUAACGUUAAUAAUGAUAGUAACGUUAAUAAUGAUAGUAACGUUAAUAAUGAUAGUAACGUUAAUAAUGAUAGUAACGUUAAUAAUAAUAUUAGUAGUAGUAAUAAUGAUGGACGGAACUAUAGCAGCAGUAACAACAACACGUUCGAAGAGAGGAAGAAAACACAAUACAUUUAUAUUCCCCAACUAUUCACUGAAAAGGAUUAUCUAAAACGAAUACCAUCUAAUAUAUUUGAAGAAUAUAAAACUAUUGAAACUCUUGUAUUAUCAUUAAAUUCUAUUAAGAAUUUAAGUACUUAUGUUAUUGCUUCUGGAAUACAAUAUGGGAAUGGGGAAGAUGUAUUUUUCCCUAUAUUUAAAAAUGCUUGGUUAAGUAAAGACAAUGAAAUAAUUGAUAUAGGUGAUAAUUAUAUUCCUAUUAUUCACAUACAAGGACUAUGCGAGUAUGUAAAAGAAGUGUAUUUAAGAAAGGUCUCCACAAGAUAUCUCAUAGCUGUCGACAAGGAGCACAUUACUCAAAAAGAGCUUAUUAAAACUGUAGCUAGUUAUAUUUCAGGAAAUACUAAUUUUUCCCUUGUCUCAGCCUAUAAUUCAAUUUUUAUGAACAAUUCAGAAAAAUUGUGCCUUAAUCUAAGAUUUGCAUGCACAGAUCUUUCUGAUAUUAACCACGAGGAAGGAGUACCCAAAGAAGGAGGUUUAACUAAAGAGAAAAAACGGACGGCAAACAGUCGCGAUAGUCGUGCGAGGGGAAAGGAGGAUCCGUCAGGUGAAGAGGAAGAAGAAGUGGAAGCAGAUGAAGGAGAAGAAGCGGGAGAUGAAGAAGAAGAGGCGACAGAAGAUGAAGAAGAAGAGGCGACAGAAGAUGAAGAAGAAGAGGCGACAGAAGAUGAAGAAGAAGAGGCGACAGAAGAUGAAGAAGAAGAGGAGAGAGAAGAUGAAAAAGAAGAGAAAUUGGAAGAGGACGAUUCCGCGACAGAUGAAGCAGAUGAAGAAGACGACGGUAAUCCACAAGAGGACAAAAGCCAAAAAAAAAGUGAAAAACGGAAAAAGGCUACAGAGGGCAGGACAAAAUACAGACACAAAAAAAAAAAAAAAAACAAACAAAAGGAGAAAGAAAAAUCGUUUAUCAAAUUUCACUGUUAUGAUGGGUUCGCUAAAAACAUUGCCAUUUUAGCAAAAGAGUUUUGUGAAUACAGGAAUCUAAAAUCUUUAAAAGUACUUAUUUUGGGUCAACCUGGAGUGGGAAAGUCAUUUAUAGCUAAAAAAAUAUGUGAGCAUUACAAUUUAAUUAUGUGUUCUAUUAGCUUAUUAAUAGAUGAGUGUAAAAAAAAUAAUUAUAAUUUUCCAGACUACUAUAAGCAAUAUCUUAAUGAGUUAGAGUAUGAGAAAAAUAAAAAAAAAAAAAAAAAUGAUAAAAUCAAAAAGUUAACCUUAAAUGACCUUUCUUCCUUAUUUUACAAAAAAUUAGAAAAUAAUGAAUGCAAAUUUAGGGGAUUCGUUUUAGAUUUCUUUCCUCGAAACUAUGAUGAAGCCAAGUACUUUUUUGAAACUUUUGCCGAAGUUUCACAGAGUAUUCCAGCACUUAAGAGGGAAGAUAGCAAUGAUAUGAGAGAAAAUAAUAAAACGAGAAGAAGCAAGGGGGGAAAAGAAGUAGAGCGGGGCGAGAACGAAGGAGAGGGGAGUGAGAUUGGUAAUGGGGGGAGGAAGAAUUUUGAUAAGGACAUCGAUGAAGAGGAAGAUGGGGUGAAAGAAGAUGAAGAGGAUGAUGGGGAAGAAGAAGAUGAAGAGGAUGAUAGGGAAGAAGAAGAUGAAGAGGAUGAUAGGGAAGAAGAAGAUGAAGAGGAUGAUAGGGAAGAAGAAGAUGAAGCAGAAGAUGAAAUGAACAAAGAGAAUGAUGAGAAUAACGAAGAAAAUGCCGACAACUCCUACCAUUCGGCCGAUUCGGAGGGUGAAAACGGAACAUCUAAAGGAAACUCCGCAGGAAAAAAACGAAAUGGAAAGAAUAAUAGACGGAAAAAGGGAAGAAUCAAUAAAAGCAAAAAGGGAAGUAGAGAUAGAGAUAGAAGUAUACACAUACACAAAAACAAAAGCGAAAGAAUACAAAAUGUGAACAAUUUAGUGCUUCCAGAAUUUGUUAUAAUCCUAAAGUCCACAGAAGAGUUGUGCAGGAGUAGAAUGAUGAAUCUUCCAGAAGAGGAAAUAAUUAAAGGGCAUAAUGACGAAAGUGGUUUUGAAAGACGACAUAAAAAAUAUGUAGAGGAAAAUUGUCGAAAUGAUUACAUUCAGUUUGAUGAGAAAAAAAUAAUUGAAGAUUAUUUUGUAGAAAGAGAAAUAGAAGUGUUUAAUGUUCAUAUAAAUGAAAAUUCAUUACUAGAUGAUAUCUUAACAAAUAUAUAUAUUUAUAUAGAAAAAAAUAAAAAAUUUUAUAACUUUCUACCCUCUACUGAUGACAUGUUAAGAAAAAAAUUGAAUGAACAGGAAAAAAAUCUGAAAAGUGAAAAAGAAAAAUUAAAAAAAACAGAAGAGAAAAUAAUUGGAGAAGAAAUUAAUAAAAAUGAUGAAUUAAUAAAAGCAGAAAAAAAAAGACAACAAUUACUUAUGGAACAUCAACAACAAUAUAUUCAUAAUCAAUCCCUUCCAUUGAGAUUUUAUUUAAUUAAAAACAUCCUCCCUAUUUUAACUGAUGCGUUGAUAUAUAUUUGUAAAACGAAGCCUAAAAAUCCUUGUCUACAUAUAGCAGAAUAUUUGCUGGAAAACGCUCACAAGUAUAAUGUGGAUGAAUCUAACACCGAUGCGCUCGAUUCCGAACAUCUCGAUUCGGAGCAAAAAUUGAAGGACAGUAAUAAAUAA